AUGUUAGCAGAUCAGAGAAGGAAAAAUGAUGAUCUUCUCUUCCAUCAAAUAGUACUACUUGUUGGGGUUUUGUUUGAUGCAAAAAUAAGAAGGGAAGAAAGUGGUGAGAGCGGCGUUGGAAAGAUGGAAAAUGAGAGAGAUGAAAUGAUGUUGAUUAGCACUUCAGAUUACUUGACGAAAAGUCUUAAUAUAAAUUAUGAGCACUACCUAGAUAAUUUGGUAUCGAUUACUAUUUUAAUUGAGCUAGUUGGAUGUCUAGCUGCCAGAGUAUUAUCUGAUUUGAGUGGACGUCGUCUGGUAGUGAUUCUAUCCAGCGCCAUGUCAUUUAUCGGGGUCUUGCUGAUGUAUCUGUCUACCAACUAUGCAAUUUUAAUUAUUAGUCGUAUUGCGUUUGGAAGCAGAAUUGGCAUGAGAUAUUUAAGUAUUCCAAUAUUUAUUGGGGAGUUAUCACCUCCAUCAGCACGAAGUAAUGGCUGGGUCUUUUUCGCUCUUUGUGCUAUAUUUUUCCUUGUUAUCACACUUGUUCUACUUGUAAUGCCGGAGUCGCCAAGUUGGCUCGUGAGGCAAGGUCAUGUUGCUGAUGCAACCCGAACAGUUAUGAGAUGUGCAGGAAGAGUUGAAGAGGCAUAUGAUCGUAUUGAUUUAAUGAGACUGAUUAUUGGUGUCUCAACUGAUGACACAAGAGAUAUUGUCGAUAGCAUUCCAAGAGAAAUUCGUGGAGAAAUAUUUUUUGGAGGGAGUUGA